AUGGCUAUCUUACGCACCCUCCUCGUCGCUGCCUCAGUGCUCUGCCUCACCACAGGCUACGAGCUCAAGGCGGAAUACAACGCGAGUAACUUUUUCGACGAUGGCUCCUUCCGUUUCUACAACGGCUGGGACCAGUUCACCCAAGGCAUGGCUCUCUACGUCUCCAAGGAAGAAGCAACUUCACUUGGACUUGCACGCACCGACGACGGUAAGGUACAUCUCGGAGUUGAUACAACCCAAGUACUCCCUCCGCAAGAGCCCGGUGAAGGCUAUGGCCGCAAGAGCGUCCGACUGGAAGGAGUGCAGACGUUCGACAACGGACUCUUCAUUGCCGACUUUGAGCACCUACCUAGUGGGUGUGGCAUGUGGCCUGCGUUCUGGCUUCUCCACGACACAGGUCAUCAAGAGGACUGGUACUCCGAGUUCGACAUCAUCGAGGGUGUCUCCAUGAACUCGCGGAACUCGCUCAGCCUCCAUACCGGUCACACCCCAUGCAAGAUGCGAGACAAUGGCGGAUCAGGCGAGACGCGCCCAGACCUCGAAUGCAUGGAACAUCGCGACUGCGGCGUCAAUGGUCCCGAGGGCUCCUUCGGCCAACCCUUCAACGAUAACCGAGGCGGUGUCUGGGCAUCCCAAGUCGAGGACGAUGGCAUCAAGGCAUGGUUCUUUCCUCGGGGUCACGAGCCAUCGGGUUGGGAUAGCGCCAAUCCUGACCCCAACACAUGGGGCACGCCUGUGAUGAACUUCGUUGGGGAUGGCUGCGAUAUUCGCAAUACGUUCAAGAAGAUGAAGAUCAUCAUCAACAUUACCUUUUGCGGCUCCAUGGCUGGAGGCAAUGCAUGGUCUGGCUACACACACUGCGCAGCGGAGACUCACGACGAAUCUUGCGCUCACUUCGUUGCAACCAACCCCGACAAGUUCAACGAAGUGUACUAUCUCAUCAACUCGAACGAUGCCGGUGCUGGCUACCAGGAUAACAGCCUCUUACCUUCUCUGCUCCGAACGUCCAUGACUUCAUCCAAAGAUGAGCGCCUCUCAGCGAUGACUGCAGAGCAAUCUCCCCUUCCAGCUGUCACGACUACCAUCAUCACCACUACGAAGAUCAUAACUUUGCCAGCGACGUUGACUCACGGAUCUGGCUACGUCCCGUACAGUUCUUCGGUAUCCGCCACAGCUCCAACAACUUUCGAGGUUCUCUACGGCGCAGCGCCCACGGUAUUUACCGUAACAACGGUCAUUACGUCAACGAAGGUUAUGACACUGCCUGCCACUUUAACUGGCGGUAAUAACAUGACUCCCUAUGACCCUUCAGCAUCCUCCACGACUCUCAUCACCUUCCACAACAAACGUCUCUUGUUGACGGCUUCCGAGGCGGCUCCAGCAUUGGAAGCAUCAUCGGCGACAUUCACCAAGCCCGUGGGCACACACACUGGCGGCAAAUACUACAGCGGUUAUGAUCCGUCAGCGACUCCUACAUCUGCCAAGCCUACAGGUACAAGGAUCGGAGGCAUUACCAACUACACCACCGUACAGACUCCUCGGGCGUCAUCUAAGAAGCCUAUAGGAACAACGAUGGAUGGUGUUACUAACUACACCACCGUCACUGCUUCGGUUGUGGCUUGA